AUGCAGCUCAUGUGGUUGAGCGCGUUCUUCCUACUUUCACUAUCGAUCGAUCACUCCGAGUGUGCCAGUGGAAAGCGUUUGGUUUGCUACUUUUCCAGUGAUUCGCCGCGUACGAAAGGCUACGGUCGCUACACGGCGAACGAGAUUCCCGUGGAGCUGUGCAGUGAUGUGAUUUACCGUGGAUUAAGCUUCCCGCAGUGGACGCGUGGAACAUACACCUUCGACAACAAAGAGCUGCAGGAGUUUGGUGCUUACAUGGCGACAAUCCAGGCACGAUUACGGAGCGUUCGUAACAUCGUCACCAUUCUGGAACGUGGAAAGGAAGCUCUGGAAUACUCGUUGAUGGCGGAGGUUCCCGAACGUAGGAGUGCCUUCACACGAGCCAUCUUGAUGCUGCUGGAGCAGUACAAUCUGAAUGGUGUUGAGAUUGCUUGGGAAUGGCCAGGAUCAACGGUCACCUUUGGAGGUAUCUCAAGGGAUCGCGAGUCUCUCAUCUCACUGCUGACCGAUCUGAAAGCCGCCUUGAGGAGUACGGGCCGAGAGAUCUUUUUCUUUGGUACGAUCUAUCCGAAGGUUUUGCGGGAAUCCUAUCGUGUGACGACGAUUUGCCAGCUAGUGGACUUUGUGACGCUUUAUACGUUCGAUAUGCGGCCGCACUCGAACAAUGUAGUGGAUGUGCACGCUCCGAUGCGCAAUCGAACGUUCGAAAGGGACGCGAAUCGAGCGAAACAUAAUGUGGUGGAAGGUGUUGAGACAUGGAUCGACUUUGGUUGCGCACCGAAGAAACUCAUUCUUGGUAUUGGGCUGUUUGGUCAGGCGUGGACGUUGGCUGAUCCGGGGUCCUACAAUGUCGGAGCUAGAGCUACGGGUCCUGGCCAGGAAGGAGAGUAUUACUACGGUGGUUACUAUCCAUUCUAUGAGAUUUGUCUGCUGCUACGGAGUGGUUGGACCGGUUUCUAUGAUUACGUCGCCGAGAUGCCCUUUGCCGUUCGGGGCAAUCAGUGGAUGGGGUUCGAAGACACGCGAUCGAUUAAGGUGAAGUUAGAUUUCAUGAUAGAGAAGCGCUUGGGUGGGAUUGUGCUGCAGUAUGUGGAUUAUGAUGAUUUCUGGGGUUUCUGUGGACCGCGCAACUCGAUGACUACCUACAUCUACCAGCGUUUGCAGCAGAUUCCAUCCGAUAUAGGUUUCGCCAUCGAGCGGAGCUGA